AGCCAUAGCCCACGUCCACAGCCGUACUCUUACUAACAAAAGUGACGGAACUUUUAGUAUCGAUGAAUUGGUUUCAAAGAUUCGUUAUAACGUCGACUCUUUAUUCCCGAACACAGCCCUCGUCUGUAUUGAAAACACACAUAAUAUAUGCAACGGAACUCCACUUCCAUUAGAAUUCAUCGACAAAGUUUGUGAGAUUGCAAAAUGCAAUGGCAUUGCAGUGCAUAUGGACGGCGCCCGUAUAUUCAACGCCAGCAUCAAGACUGGUGUAUCCGUUGACAGAAUUAUUAAGAAUUGUGAUUCUCUAUCGUUUUGUCUUUCAAAGGGGUUGGGCUGUCCUAUUGGCAGUGUUUUGGUCGGCUCUAAACCCUUUAUACAACGAGCCAUAAGAUGUCGUCGAGUAUUGGGUGGAGGUAUGAGACAGGCGGGCGUUUUGGCAGCCCCUGGUCUUUUUGCUUUAAGACACAACAUCGAGAGAUUGCAUUUGGACCACAAACACGCCUUUAUGAUUGCAUCAGGUUAG